AUGCAACGUGAUAGGAAGGGAGGGGCAUUUACGGUGCAGUUUGCAAAGCGUUUAGAUUUCCCUGUGGGUGGUUCUCACUCCACCUCCACAGCACUCGUACCGAGUGUUAAUCCUGAGAGCGAUUUAACCCAACAACAACAACAACAACGUUGUCAGCGAUGUUGGAAGGAUUUCCGGGUGAAGCCACAGACGGAAGUGUACAACUACACCUGCUGGCGAUGUAGUUAUCCUGUUUGCCGUGCCUGUCGAGUUCAGUGCCCAGAGGCGAUGGAUCUGUGGGUGUGCACCUCCUGUGUGAAGCCAAUGAACUUCAUGCGAUUAUUUGAAACCACGGCGAGUGGUGUGGGUUUACUUCUACACAUCAUGACAUUCUGUGAUCCGCGUGGGGAACGAAUUAUGAAGUUUCUCUUUCCAGCCGCAGCACUUCAGCAUGUGGCCCGUAAAGAUCCAAACACAACAACAACACCAACAAGAACAAGAACACCAAAUGGACGACAGCCAAAGAAAAUAAAUGAAACCACACGACGACGGCAAAUACUUGUAAGAGCAGACACUGUGAAAUCACGUGCAGAGAGUUCUGGGGUAUCGAACAGACGAAUACUUGUGGAUCCACUAACAACAACAACAACACCUCCUCAGCGAAUGGUGCGAGCCAAGACGGCUUUUAAACGUUAUUCACCACCACAACAGCAACAACAACACAUACGAGAGAAGGGAAAGGAAUUAUUACCACAAGGAGUUCCUCGUCGUGCGAAAACACCUGAAGCAAUACGUUCCUUUGCUACGCUGACACAAACAAUAUGUGAAGAGAAACCAUUAAAGUGUAGUGAUGUGUAUGAUUUAGCACCACCUGUACCAUUUGAAGCGGCUACCACUACAACAAUAGCAGGAGCAACAACAACAACAACAACGACAACGACAACACCAGUUACACCAGUUACAACAGCAGCAGCGGUUCACACAGACCCGCAAGCAUUGCAAAUGGUAGAAAAUAACGUAGUAAAGGAAGGUGCCACUAAUAAAUUUUUGCGAAGUGAUGUUGGUAAGAGUGAUGGACUCCGCCUAGACGGACUUGGUAUUAGUGAUAAACAGAUUUCACCAGAUUCUAUUGUAUCGACUAAUAGAUCAGAUAGUCCACCACCGCGAUUUCCCUCCUUUUCACAAUUUUUAGAUGAACAAGAGGCAGCGCAACAUUUGGAGUUUCAUCACUUACAACAACAACAACAACUGCAACAACUGCAGUUACUACAACAACAAAAACAACAACAACAAAGUUUAAAUGGUCAACCCACACCAGGGGGUAAUAGUAAAUCCGUCGCGGAUGCGGUAUUUCAAUAUGUUGAUGUGGUAGAGUUAGGUGGUCGUGGUUCCACAUGGAAUUCCUCACCAAAUCCCACCGCUCCAAUUUCUGUUCCCACGAAAGGAAUGACCACUAUUUCACCUGAACCACUUAACAGAAGUCAUUUGUGUCAUCCAGCACCACAACUACGGGUUACACCAGUAAAAGUAUCGGAGUCCAUCUCUCAACGACGAACAAUUGCCGUUAGUGGAAGUCGUGCUACUACUACUAGAACUACAACGACCACUGCCAGACAAAGUACUCUCUCCACACAUACAUCCCUUCAAAAGAGACCUGCAAGAGGUGUUGUAGAUCGUAAUAAUGAAGUUAGUGCCCGAUUACACACCUCACGUGGUCAUUUAACACGACCAAGUAAUCUUAUGAAACCCGCAUCUCCACGUCCUUUUUCUUUUUCAACUACUACUACUACUACCACCACAACUACAAGAUCAGGGGCUAUUGGUGGAGGAUAUUCAACCACUAUAGAUGGACGUGGUUCUACACAUUCGGUUACGAAUAAAAUGGCUCGAGGUACUGUUGGUGAAAAUAAAACGCGACGAAAAGAAAUGGGAAUCACAAGUCCACGUUUUGCAAGAAAACCAACCGCACGCACAGCACUAACGGACGGUAUAAAUGCUCCUCAAACGGCCCGUGUACCGCCAACACAAACAACCGCACGAUUGGGUAUUAGAUCAAAGGUGACAUCACCUCUUACAUCACGUCCUGGUGUUUAUGUUCCUCCUCCUCCAUCAGCAGCAGCAGCAACAGCAAGGAAGCCAAAGACAGCAGGAGGCGUUAAAUCUUCUGCACAUCCUCCUUCUUCUUCUACUACUACUACUACUACUACUACUAAAGCUGCUGCUGCUGGUACUGCAGCUGCGGCAUCAUCAAGAUUAUCCCGUACAACUACACCAUUAGCGCGUACAAACACUUCCACACGUGUACGAAAUGGAACACCACGCGGUGCUGGAACUCGCACACCUUUACAACGCAUUACAUCAAGUCGUUUGCUGCCAUUAGAUGAUGGAGCACGUCGUUAUGUGCCGACAAAACCAGAAAAAAUAGAAAUUGAACCACAAGUGCCUCCACCUCCACCGUUGGUGGUUCACUUUACACGACAGCGAAAACAAACAGAGUCUGAUGAGGGGAAUGAGGCACCCGCAACAGCACGAAUUGUACAGCAAAAGAAUAACUUUCUCUCUCCACCAGAUGAGAAAGGUACCUGCACUGCUCGAUCACUUCCACCACAGACAACGAUACGGAAUGAUUUCACCGGCUAG